UAAGUUCAGAUAAAAUCGAGAUCUUGCGGUGAACCCGCGUGGAGAACAUCAACAAAACUUUAACCUAACGUACACAAAGUUUCUGCAAAAUGUCAAAUCCACGUGUAAUAUUGAAUGAAUAUGGAAUUCCAAACGCUUCAGAGUUUACUAACCUCCAAGUGGAAGGAGAAUGGAACAUUAACAAGUACAUGAAGAAAAUUAAGGUGAAUGUUGUGAAACUGUCAGAGGAUGGACUAGAGUUGGAGUUUGACGUAAUCGGGUGUUCAGCUGCACUUGCCAAUGCAUUUCGUCGGAUUCUAUUGAGUGAAGUUCCCUCGAUGGCUAUUGAAAAGGUUUUCAUUCUCAAUAACACGAGUUUAAUCCAGGAUGAGGUCCUCGCACAUAGAUUGGGCCUGAUACCUCUUAAGGCAGAUCCAAAAUUCUUCGAAUACCCGACGAACUCUGGGAACACUGAGGAAGAGCCCAGUGAUCAGGACACCCUCAGAUACGAGAUGAAAGUCACUUGCACGUGGAAUCCUCAUGCUCCAAAAGAUUCAAAGAGACCUGAGGACAUUUUCCGGAAUAGUAAUGUUUAUAGUCGAGACAUCAAGUGGGCACCAAUUGGCAGACAAGCAGAGCUGUACCCAAAGGGAGAAGAGCAGCUGGGACUUCUGGAAAAAGAUAUUCUCAUCUGUAAAAUGCGUCCUGGACAAGAAAUUCAUUGCAUCAUGCAUGCAGUAAAGGGAAUUGGCAAGGAUCAUGCUAAAUUUUCACCAGUUGCCACUGCGACCUAUAGAUUAUUACCAGACAUUCAAUUAACGAGACCAAUAAAAGGUGACCAGGCAGAGCUAUUGAAAACUUGUUUUAGUCCUGGUGUAAUUGAAUUAGUGGCGAAACGAAAUGGUGAGGUUGAAGCUAGAGUAAAAAAUCCCCGAUAUGACAGCUGUUCGAGGAAUGUUUUUCGUCAUGACACUUUAAAAGAUGCUGUUCAACUCACGAGAGUUCCAGAUCAUUUCAUAUUCAACAUCGAGACGUUGGGAGCUCAACCUGCUCAUCAGUUAUUUCUUGACGCCGUGAAAAUAUUAAAGGGAAAAUGUCGAUGUUUUCUAGAGGAAUUGGAUAUGAUCAGUCAGGAGCAAAAUAAAUAUUAAAAACUCUGAAUUUCGUAUUUGUAAAUGUAGUUCUAACAAAUAUUCGUUCAGGUGUUUUUAAACAACUUCCUUCACACCAAUCAAAAUUAAAUCUUCUGAAAUUUCAA